CCUCUCUCUCUCUCUCUCUCUUCUCGCUUCUGUCUGUGCUUCUCUCUCUCUAUAUUCCCGGCGGCCAGUGUUGCAGUCUCAACCUUUGGACAAUCAGAGGUGCUGCGAUGCAACUCUAAUGGAUUCUGAUACUUUUGUGAUGAUUUGGUUUUUUGGAAAAUACCCUGUUCAAUUCUUUGCGGCUGCUUUUCUGGGUUGAAUUUCUAAUUAGAAUGGAUUCCACUAUAAAGCAUGCUGUGGUGGUGAAAGUUAUGGGUCGGACUGGGUCUCGAGGGCAGGUGACUCAAGUGCGAGUCAAGUUUUUGGAUGACCAGAAUCGGUUCAUUAUGAGGAAUGUCAAGGGGCCAGUGAGGGAGGGGGAUAUCCUGACCUUGCUCGAGUCUGAGAGGGAAGCAAGACGGUUGCGUUGAUUGGAGAUGGGUCUUCUAUGGUGAAGCUCCUACCUCUCCCUGUUUGAUGUUUUGGUUACUCGCAUAAGACUGUUGUUUGUGUUGGUGCAGUGCAGGACAGUUGUGUUGCCAAUUUAUGCUCUCAUUUUGUUUGUUUAUUUAUCAUGACUCUGAGUGUGUGUUAUUAGCUGAUGGAAUUUCUAGUGUAUGUCUAGUUAAUAGUUGAACAUGGUGGAUGUUUCUGUUUAGUUUGGAUCCUGCAACUUUAUAUGGAUUACUAUUUUGUUUCACAUGAA